GGAUUUCAAAACUCGUUAAUACAAUAUAAAUUAAAAUCAAAGAAUGGAGAACCAUUCUCUCUGUCAGUGUCUAAAAGAGCUGAUGGUAUUUCUUCUCUUAAAAUAGUUUUAAAAGAAUCAUUGGACAGAGAAAUCAAAGACACAUAUUUAUUACAAGUCAUAGCUAAGGAUGGAGGUUCACCAGCAAAACAAGGUGUUUUAAAUAUAAAUAUUUCCAUAAUAGAUGUUAAUGACAACCCACCUGUAUUUUCUAAACCUCUCUAUAAUAUAUCCAUACAAAGUACACAUCACAAAUCUAAACCCAUCAUUGUUUUAUCUGUGACUGAUGCUGAUUCUGGUGAAAAUGGUAAAAUUACUUUUCAUUUAAGUCCAAAGACAUCAGAUCUAGCAAAAAGCUAUUUUCUGUUAAAUGAAACCAGCGGAAACAUUUUCUUAAGGGAAUAUUCAAAUUUAGGGAAAAAGAAAACCUAUGAACUAUUUAUAGAAGCCAGAGAUGGAGGCAGUCCACCCUUUAGUUCUAUAGCAACAGUUCUAGUAAAUGUUAUCAACCAACACAAUAAUCCUCCAUUUAUUGAUAUUCAAUAUGUCUCAGCAAUCAGUGACAACACAGCUACCAUUUUUGAAGACAACAAAAUCGGUAGUUUCAUUGCUUAUGUGAUGGUCACUGACAACGAUGUGGGACAAAAUGGACAGGUGAACUGUCAUAUCAAAGAUGACACAUUCAAACUACAGUCAAUGGGAUCUAAAGAAUAUAAAAUCCUUCUAAACAAACCAGUGGACAGAGAAACACAAGGACACUAUAACAUUCCUGUCUCCUGUCAAGAUAAAGGAUUACCUCCUCUGAAAAGUGUUAAAACCCUCUCUAUCCAAGUGAUGGACAUCAAUGAUGUACAACCACAGUUUACCAAAGAUACAUUCCAAUUCUUCACCUAUGAAAACAAAGAUAAAGACUUCCCUAUUGGUUUUGUCAAUGCCACUGACCCUGAUCUUGGAUCUGCUGGACAACUCACAUAUUCUCUGCUGCGUAAAGAAAAAUCCAAUCUACCAUUUCUCAUCACCAGUUAUGGCUUCAUUUCAGCCACCAUGUCAUUGGACAGAGAGAAACAAGAUGUGUAUAAGUUUGAGGUUUUUGUCAAAGAUAACGGAAGCCCAUCUCUGAAUGACACAGCGAAUGUUGUUGUUGAGAUUCUCGAUCAAAAUGACAAUGCUCCCUAUUUUACAUAUCCUAGUAGUGACCCUUACACCCUAAAUGUGCAGUACCAUCCGCAGAGUAAGAGUGACAUCACAGUUUUG